CAAACUCGGAACAAAAGACAUCCUCAUAAAACAGGGAAUGGUGGGAGAAGCGUUGUGAAAUGUAUAGAAGUUAUUUUGAACGCAUUAGCAAAAGCGAAUAAUUAUUUGGGCCAUUGGUUUAAAGGGUUGUGUCUUGUGUGUUGCCAAAUCUGCGGGACGCGCGUUGCUCCCCAUCAAAGCCAACUACAGGGGAGGGACAUAGCCGAUUUCUCGACUUCACCGCUCUGACUGAAGGGGAGGGGGUCCGUAGACCGAAAUUGAUGGUUGUAGGCUACUGAGAAAGACUAGCUACUCCUGUUGAUAAUAAAGGCAAAAUCCACCUUUCAGUCGAAUACAGCUGAGUUGGUGAAACGGGCCGGUGGUGAAACAUGGAGAUGUCUGAGGGGCUGUCACAGCAGGAGAGAAUCCAGGCUAUAGCGGAGAAGAGGAAGAGGCAGACAGAGGUCGAGAACAAGAAGAGGCAACUGGAAGAUGACAGGAGACAGCUUUCACAUCUCAAGCAAAAGUCCCUGAGGGAAAAAUGGUUGCUAGACGGAGCUGCUGGGUCGGAGCAGGACGAGGCCAAGAAACAGCUGGCGGAGGACGAGGCCAAGCUCAAGUGGAUUGAGGAGAACAUCAAUAGACUGGAGCAGGAACUGGAGGAGCUGGAGACGGGCGUGUCGGUGACCUCCACCAAAGAGAGUCUGACAGAUGCAGCCAAGGUGGAGCAAGCCAAGACUGCCGACAACAAAGCUCCUGCAGGCACUGUUCAAGAGGCUAAGGAAGUGUUCAAAGGAAGCAACAGCCCUCGUCUGAACAUGUCCGGAGGUGCAUCAGAUAUAAUGAGAACAGUGGUACACGAGGUGAACGGGGAGAACGGGGUCCACCAGCUCAGCGCCAACGAGGUGGACGAGCUCAUCCACAAAGCUGAUGAGUCCAUGAUGAGCGACGCCACCACCGCCGCCGCCACCUUCACCGCCCCUGUCUUCCCCACCAAUGCUGAGUUGGCUGCAGAACAGCACACGACACCCAAGAAGGAGAUCACAGGCAUGGAGGCCAAGGCAGGUGGCGCUAGUCCCCAGCCAGGUGGAGGCGAGAUGGAGGCCAGCGCUGAGAACCCCGUCACUAUGGUGUUCAUGGGCUACCAGAGUGUGGAGGACGAGACGGAGACCAACAAGGUGCUGGGCCUGGAGGGUACCGUCAAGGCCCAGCUGGUGGUCAUCGAGGACGGCAAGGGCAAGAAUGUGACGGUGGGGCCCACCCCAGCCACCGUGACCGUCACCGAGGGAGGCGCCAAGAAAGAGCAGUCGCCCCCACCCAACGGCAGUGCCGCUGACCCCGCCAAGACCCCUCAGGAGACAUCCUCCGCAAAGGAGAAAGGAGGUGAGCCAGAGGGGGGCGCCACUGAGCUCAACAACAAGGAGAAGCAGCCUUGCAAGUGCUGCACCAUCAUGUGAGCAACUGUUGUGUGGCUGAACUUGACUUUUCAAGGAGAAAUGACAAACCAACAACAACCAUAACGUCAUGAAAACCAACAAACCCCUCCCCCCUGCCCUGAAUAAAAAGGCAUACAUGUUCUUUAUCUUCUGAUAGCCUGCUGUUGUUUUCCGACUUCGUUUUAAGUAUUUCACUAUCAUCUCAUCAUCUCCUUUCCUUCUUUUGACCUUUUUUAUUAUUUCAGGUUUGGUUGUGACAAAGGGGAGCAAUCCCUACCUUCUCACACUUUGAGAUUUCUGAGGGAGAGAGGAGAUAGAAAAGGAAGGAUAGAAGGAGAGAAAGAAAGAGGAAGGGGUUCGUUUACUCACCCAGCAUUGUCCAACAAGCAUUUUUUUUAAAUGACAUCUCUUAUACACCACCAUGAAUUGUGUAAUCUUAACUUUCUGUAUGAAGGACAGAUAUAUCUCUCUAUAUAUCUCUAUAUAUACAUUGUUUAUUUUAAAGAUAUAUUUAUUUGACUUUUUAUUUUUUGAAAAUGCCCUCUGGAAAGUAUUUUUGACAGAAGCAUGGUAUUCAUUGUUUUUUUCUGUCCUGUGCUAGUGCAUUUUAGAUUAAAAACGGGGACAUGAUUUUCUCAACACAAUUCUCUUGGAUUUUGAUUUCCAGAAAAAAAAGAAAAAAAAACUUACUUUGGAAUGUCUGAGGCAGACACAACACUGAUAUAUGGGAUGUCUGUGACAAACACAACACUGAUAUAUGGGAUGUCUGAGACAGACACAACGCUGAUAUUUAGAAGUGACAUGCAAUUAGAUGUCAGUAAUAUUGAUGACAUCGAAGUACUGUGUGCGUGUGUGUAUGAGCAUGCAUGAGUGUGUGUGUGUUGGAAUAAAAUGACCUCAUUGGUCCUUAUAUCAUCCGACACUACACUACCCACAAUCCCCAUCACCUAUUUUCUUUCUGGAAGAAAAAACUAUCCAUGCAAUUUUUUUGUGAUUUCCCUGCAACCAAAUCAGCUACACUAGUUCGACAACACUAGUAAUGAAUUGAAUAACAUGUGUGAAGGUCAUUCAUACCGAAGCUUGAGACUGAUGAAAUGAAUGCCCCUCUGUAAGGCUUGAUGUUUGUGUGAUUCACCCCCACAUUACCCAGAAUACCACUGCCCCUUUAAUAUAAAUAAUGUUGCUUACAGCUGCCUUUGUGAUAACACUAACUACUUUUCAUUAACUCAUUGACAUAAUCCUGGCUCCUGAUGUUAUGACCUAGCAACUAACUGGGUUUUGAAAUAAUGGUCGGCGUGGACAGGCCCUUCCAAUGUCCCGAAGAUUUUCGGCUGGAUAUUAACUACUGUGGAAUUGGUGCAUGGAGCAUAAUCUGUUGUUUUAAACGGCAGCGCAUAUCCUACCAAACUGUGUUGCAAAUACUGCAAGAAUUUGCUCCAUUCAGACAUUGAGGAAGAGUGCCAUUUGAAUGGGGGUCGGGGGUCAUAUAUUUCCCUCAGAGUCUGUGUGGGAGGAGAUUCAUUAUAAGAGUACUUGGGUUUCUGUUUUCCUGUUUGAACUCUACUGUCAGGCCUUGGUUUUGUCAUUUGUCAACGAAACCAAAGAAAACAGUUCAAGUAGGCCUACUUUUCAUUGUGUAUCUAUCACAGGAGGUUGGUGGCACCUUAGUUCCUUAGUUGCAGAGGAUGGGCUUGUGGUAAUGCCUGGAGCGGAAUCAGUGGAAUGGUAUCAAAUACACCACACACGUGAUUUCCAUGUGUUUGAUACCAUUCCAUUUGCUCCAUUCCAGACAUUAUUAUGAGCCGUCCUCCCCUCUGCAACCUCACUGGUAUCUAUCUAUCGACAUGUGAGGCAAAAAGCAGGGAAUUUCAACGUCAACAUUCCAAGAAGUUUUCAGAAUCCUUUCCUACUCUCCUCUGAGUGGUCAAUUUUGCUCCAAAUUUGGUGUUGCAAUUAUUUGCCAAUUUUUUAUUUAUUUUCAGAGAACAAUAGAUGUUUUUGCAGUGUGGCUACAUUUGAACAGCUGUGUUUUACUUUCCCUUGGCUUGUGUGUGUUUGUUAGCUGCAGCAUUCUUUACAUCUUACUUAUUUCUGCCAUUUUGGAGCCAAAUUUCCAGCUGAGCUGAGGAAGAAAAAAUGUUAUCAUUAUCAUUGUCAUGUCAUGUCAUGUUAUCAUUGUCCAGUGUAUUUUUCCAGUGGUGAGUUGAGUCAGUUGAGUUGGAUUAGGUAAACUAGGAGUCAGAUCUUUUCAACCGACUCACUGACACGCUCAUAUGUAACCGUGGUCCAUGUGUUAUUAUUCGCAUCCCAAAUAAAACAAACAUUUUGUUUUCAAA